UGUAGCUGCAAGUAGUGUAGGCACUGGUUCAGGUGAUAGUGCAGCCUCAACCGCUGUAAUGGGCAGUCUGUGCUGCCAGCAAAGCCAGGGCCAAGGCUGAAGCUACGGCUAGGACUAAGUGUGAAUUGGUCCGAAAAGAAGAGCCACUGUUCAAGCUGCAGCUGGUCCUGUUCCUGGACAGUGGAGGAUAGCCUCAAUUCCACGAGGUCGUUGCAGCCUUCAGUCACAACGUGUCCCUCGUCCUGGUCUUCAUCAAGCUCAACGAGCGUCUGGAUGCUCUGUGCACCAAUGCCUUCACCGACGAGGAAGGAAAGUGGUUUACGGAGCAAUGCCCCUCACUGCUCACCAACGAGCAGAUGGUAGUCGAGUUUGUCCACACCAUGAUGUGCAAGCCCGUGGCCGGCAGCGAAGGCAUGCACACCAGGUUCAUAGUGAUCGGCACUCACAGGGAUCUGAUGCAUGAGUGCGAUGAAACCCUGAAGCAGAAGAACGAGAGGCUGGCCAGUCUGUUUCUACCGGCCCUGGAGGAAAACCUGGUCAUGAAUGGCGACGACAUCAUCUUUGCCGUCAACGCCGAGAAUCCCGACGAGAAUGACGACACGCUUCGAUCUGAUCCGCAAGAAAGUGGCGGACUUGAGUGGGGCCCUGGAUGUGGAUACCCCGAUAGCGUUCCUCGUGUUGCUGAACGACGUGAACUUGUACGCGGAAGAGCAGAGAAAGAAGGUAGUGAGCAUGGAGGAAUUCCAGGCCAUCGCUGGGAGGCUGAAGAUGGAGCGACAGAGUCUGGAGGCUGCCUUGUUUUCUUCAACCAUAUGAGCGUGUGGAUGUACGUGCCGUCGGUCCUCCCUGGUGCGGUGUUUGUCGACCCUCAGAUGCCACUGGACAGCAUAAAUCGAAUAGUCCAGUACAGCUUCCGGGUGGGGGGUGGUGCGAUUGCAGGGCUGGCUGCGAGCGAGUGUCGACUGUGGAAGGAAGGGGUGGUGAGCAGCGAGAUGCUGAAGGGAGAGGAGUUCCGUGGUUGCUUCGUGAGGGGUCUGUUUGAGGCAGGCGAUGCUCUGAAGCUGUUCGAGAAGCUUUACAUUGUAGCUCCUCUGAACGAGAGGGAGUUCAUAAUGCCUGCCAUGCUCCAGACGGUGGCAGAGAAGGAUAUGGAGCGAUAUGUGCCUGCCCCCAGUGAACACGUGUCCCCUCUCUUUCUCCACUUCCACAUGUCCCGCAUCGCUAAAGGUGUCUUCUGCUCCACCCAUACCUGCAUGCGCUCCAAGUAUGGGUGGACCACGGCUUAUGCCAUUGAGAAAAGAAAGAAAGUUAAAGUUCCAGCUUGUCUCUUCCGCAAUGCCGUGCGGUUGCAACAUCCAAAGAAGCCGUAUAAAAUCACGCUCGUUCAUGCAGUCACUCAUUUCGCUGUGUACCUGACUGCAUCGCAGGCCGACCUGCCCAGCAUCUGUCCAGAAAUCCGUGACAUGCUCAUGGAUGCAGUGGAUAGUGCAGCGAGUGCUUUCCACUUCAAGAAGUGGCGAGCCUCUGUAGCCUUCCAGUGCUCCUGCAGCCCAGACGAUGUGCACACAGCCACUCCAAAUGAAGCCCACUCCAACCUCAUCUGCUCAAUCACUGGGGACAUCAGUGAAGGUCCCCUCACUCCUGGUCAGAGGGUGUGGCUUGGACCACGAACUGCUCCAGCGGCCGAGUCAACUACAACUUCUCUCUCGACUAGUGAACCUGUGUCGUCUAUCACUGACCCUCCCUCCCCGUCCUCUCCGUCUUCCAGAAUGGAUGAAGGGCCGACACUUCCAGAGCUCCUCAGUUUCCCCACACACUCAGCAGGAGAACCGAUAAACAUCAUCACAAAAGUCGGAGUGAACUACGAGAUGUUGGGGACUCUGUUACUGGAGGACAACGAUGGGUCCAUCAUACCAACCAUCAGAUCUCAAUAUCAACUGGAUGCCGAUAGCAUCACCAUGGAGAUAAUGAGGCGCUGGCUGAGGGGGAAAGGGAAGCAGCCGGUGACUUGGAAAACUCUGACGGACUCUCUCAAGUCCAUUGGUCUCUCUCCCCUGGCCUCCUCCAUUGAACACUCUCUCACCAGUAGUUCAUAAUGAAUGUUCAUCAUGGUCUACCUUCCUUCUCCACUCCUCCCAAUUCCUCUCCCACUCUGUAUCAAUUUUGUAAGGGCACCCAGCGGUAGUCUUCAUCAUAACCAUCUCUCUCGUCUCCUCUUCUCUCUCUCUCUUCCACAUACCUUUCCCUGACAUAAUUACAUCACCACUUAUGUUUCAGUUUCAAUUUGUGAUAAUUGUGGUUUUCUCUUCUCCUGUCUUUUUACCACCCUGUAAAUUUUUAUUGCACACGUGACGUGACCAUAUGUUCUAUACUCACUUUCUUAUCUUCACUUCACUUGUUUUCUCACCCUCUCAUUUUCUUCUCAUUUUUGUACGGGCCAUUAUAAAGCAUGGCAUUAUUCGGUGAUUACUUUCUUGUACCAUCCUACUUUUCCUCUCUCUAUGACAUAAUGUGACGUAACCUUUAUUUUGGGCAUUCACUUUCUUGUUCUGUACUUUCUUCAGAGCUUCAUUUUUGUAUUUUGGUUAUUAGACUGGGUAUUAUGUUUUCUAGAAUGUGGCUAUGGUGGCCUGGAGUUUAUUACAGACGACGGA